GUUGCCUUCGGUAUGGGUAUCGACAAGUAAGCUAUUCGGUGGAGUUCUCGCUAUACUUUUCGUCAUUUUUCUUGUUAUCCCUAAUAUUUUGAUCUAUUCAUUCCUCCCUUAUAUCUCUUUGAAUAYGCGUUACUACAUGAAUCCCUUUCAAUCUAUUUUAGGCCCGACGUUCGAUACGUCAUACACUAUUCUAUGCCAAAAAGUCUCACACAUUAUUACCAGGAAAGGUACGCCUGCUAGACGAGUGACGAUAUUUAWAGAAAUUCAUCUCUAACUUUUGUUUCACCUUGUCRACUAAACAAUUAUUACAGCGGUAGAGCCGGCCGGGAUGGAGAAGAUGCCGAAUGCAUUCUUUUCUACUCUUACAAGGACAAACAGGUUUUAGAAAAGAUGAUACGCAAUGGUAGCGAUGAUAAGUACAACCCAAGCAUUCGCCGGAAGGUUGAUCAACUGUACAGAUGCGUGCAGUACUGCGAGAAUGAAUUCCGUUGCCGAAGAACUAUGCAACUAGAAUUUUUYGGAGAAAAGUUCGACAGAGCGAAAUGCAAUCAAACCUGCGACAAUUGUAGAGCCGGAAGAAUUCCGGACGAACGUGAUAUGACAACGGAGGCCUUAGCGAUCAUURAUUUAUUCAACAGCGCGAGCAAUCAAACCAGAAAAGGUAUCACAAUGUUGCAACUAUCGGAACUCUACCGAGGUUCAAAGAGCAAGACAAUCACAAGAAGCUAUCCCGUAAACAGAAUAGAAGGUUUUGGAGCAGGCUCGAAAUUCAAGAAACACGAUAUAGAAAAGAUAACUCAUGGGAUGGUCUUUGAACGAAUUUUGGUGGARACUAGUGUUGAAAACAAAGGAGGAUUUACUUCAGACUAUGUCACUUUGGGGGAGAAAGCAGCUUUGUUGCAACGAGGAUCUGAAAAGUUUGUAGUCGARUUCCCUAAAAAAGUAACUGCCCAGAGGUCAAAUCCUGAAAAACAGAAAAACCAACAGUCAAAGAAAAGAAGCAGAAGUAAGGAUAUCGAAAGUUCGAAAUCUAAGAAGAAACAUUCGUCUAAGAAGAAGGAAAGAGAAGAUGUGAAUUCUGGUGGGUUGCACUUUUCAGAAAUUGUUGAUGAUUCGGAAGACGAUGAUGACAGCCUACAAGACAGCACAAAUGCYAACUCUACCAACACGCAAUCUGUGCUCCCUCCUCACCACACAAAUAAAAUCGUUGAAAUGCUGAAGACACUAGUGAAGAGGUGGGCAGAUGAAGAACAGAUGAUGGGGAACCACGUGUUUUGUAAGUUUGAAAUUGUUUGUCAGUACGCUGCUAAUUAUAUUUUGCAUUGAAACUUUUGAAACCAACGAUUGCAAAUUGCAAAACUUCUGCUCGUUUGUACUAUUGUUGAUAUAGACUGGCACAUUCUUUCGGGGGGAGAGGUCAAAGCAAUUGCGUCACAUGCUCCAAUGACAGUUGACGAACUGAAAGCGAUUGGUAUCCUUUCGGAGAAAAAGUUGGAAGAGUAUGGAGCUCGUAUUGUGAAACCAAUUAAAAUGUACGUGAAAAAAGAGGGUUUGGAGGAACAAGUUGCAAGAAAACUUCCAGCAACAAAGUCUUUAAAUGGAAAGGUAUCCAGAACAGAUGCAAACCAAAUAAUUGAAAUUGUGGACGACGACGACGAUGAAUUUGCAAAUGGAAUUGACUACGAUGCAAUUGAUUUGGGAUAAAUUGUUCAGUCAAAAAAUAUCAUUUGGUGAAUCUGUCACAUUUCUCUUUGUMUAACUACUCUAGUACUACUAGUAGCAUGAAUGAACAUUGGAAGACGUG